AACGUUACUGUCGCAAAGCCCGAGUGUCGUGAAUACUGGCCGCCCACUGAAGAUGGCGGCGGAGCUGCAUCCGCGGAGCGGAAAGCUGAUCGGCCUGUCCAACUCGAACCGAACCGCCCGGCGUAACCAGCCAGUCCAGGAGUUUAACCAUGGACUGGUGCUUAGUAAGGAGCCGCUGAGGGACCGGGAUGUCUUCACCGUCCGCAUUGACAAGAAGGUGAACUCGUGGAGUGGUUCGAUUGAGAUUGGCGUGACGGCACUGGACCCUGCGGGGCUUGACUUCCCCAGCAGCGCCACAGGCCUUAAAGGCGGCUCCUGGAUCGUGUCGGGCUGCUCGGUGCUACGCGACGGCCGCUCCGUUCUUGAGGAAUACGGUCGCGACCUCGACCAGCUGGCCGAGGGUGACCGGGUGGGGAUUCAGCGCAGCUCCCGUGGGGAGCUCCACCUCUGGGUCAACGGGCAGGACUGCGGUGCGGCCGCAAGUGGCUUGCCGCCUAAGCUCUGGGCGGUGGUGGACCUGUACGGCAAGUGCACUCAAGUGACUGUGGUGAGUUGUGAGCCGCCGCCGCUCUCCGCGGAAAAAGAGACAAUAGAGCAGGAGGAAGAGUUGGAGGAGGAGGAGGAGGAGGAGGAGGAAGAGGUGGUGGUGGUGUGCGGGGUUCGGGAGGAUGCGGGGAUCACGGCACUGAUGAAUGUGGCAGCAAUGAAUGGAAUGAUGAAUGGAGAAGAAGUGCCUGAGCUUAGCUGCAGUCAUAGCAGACCAGACAAGUUCCCCAACAACCUCGAGCCAGACACAGUUCUCACAGAGCACCAGCUCUUUGAUGUGUUCAACAACGCAAUAGUUUCUUUUUAUCGCUCUGAGGAUGAGGGCGGAGGGGAGGAUGGCGGAGGUGGGGGAGGAGCUGGAGGAGGCGGCGGCAGCGGUGGCAGUGGCGGGGGAGGAAAUACAGGAACGGACUCUUCUUCCAGAAAUGACAGGGGGAGCAGCAGCACUGGAGGAAGUACUGUCAGCAGUGACAGCGGCACAGGGACGACAGGAGGUGGAGGAGGAACUGGCAGUGGUGGAGAAGGUGGAAAUGUUAACACUCCCGCCGGGAACGGAGGGGUUGGACAGGGGGUUGUGACGGGGGGGAUGACCACCAACGACGCGCUGCUCUUCCACGAGAAGUGCGGCACACUGAUCAAACUGAGCAACAACAACAAGACGGCGGAGCGAAGGAGACCGCUGGACGAGUUCAACAACGGCGUGGUGAUGACCAACCGGCCGCUCCGACAUAACGAGAUGUUUGAGAUCCGUAUUGAUAAGCUAGUGGAUAAGUGGUCAGGCUCAAUAGAGAUCGGUGUCACCACACACAAUCCAAACAACCUGGACUAUCCUGCAACUAUGACCAAUCUGCGCUCAGGUACAAUCAUGAUGAGUGGCUGCGGGAUACUGACCAACGGGAAAGGAACCCGUAGGGAAUACUGUGAAUUCAGCCUUGAUGAACUUCAGGAGGGAGAUCACAUAGGGUUGAUGCGCAAAGCCAGCGGGGCGCUCCAUUUCUACAUCAACGGAAUCGACCAAGGUGUUGCGGCAGCCCAGACCCCCGGCGUGGUCUAUGGAGUGGUUGACCUCUAUGGCAUGGCUGUCAAAGUCACCAUAGUCCACAACCACAACCACAGCGAUCGCCUCAGACGCAACAACGCAAUCAUGAGGGCUCUAUCGCCGGAUGUCGGCCGGCCCAGGCCAUCUCUCUCCCUCACGCCGGACGCAGAGGGGCCCGACCGGCUGCUCUUCCACGCCAACUGUGGCCAGAAAGCCGCCAUCAUUAGUGACGGCAGGACGGCGCUGCGGCCACAUGCGACUGAUGACUUUAACCACGGCGUAGUCCUGAGCAGCCGGCCGCUGCGCUCCAAUGAGGUGUUUCAGGUUCGCAUCGACAAGAUGGUGGACAAAUGGGCGGGCUCCAUUGAAAUCGGCGUCACGACGCACAAUCCUGCGUACCUGCAGCUGCCCUCCACCAUGACCAACCUGCGCUCAGGGACGUGGAUGAUGACAGGGAAUGGCGUAAUGCACAACGGAACAACAAUCCUGGACGAGUACGGACACAAUCUCGACCGGCUCAAGGCUGGCGACACAGUAGGUGUAGUUCGGAAAGAAGACGGCAGCCUCCACUUCUUUGUAAACGGUGUGGCUCAGGGUCCGGCAGCCUGGAACGUCCCUCCCAGUGUCUACGCCGUGGUCGACCUCUAUGGACAGGCUGCUCAGGCCACCAUCAUGGACGACAUGGUGGACCUCCCCCCUCUCCCAGAGGACAGCUCAGAGGGCCCCACAGCCAUGUCUCCUGGGAGCCCCUGCUCAGUAGGCGGGGCCAGCACGACCAACGACCUGCGUUUCCACCACCUACACGGCACCAACGCCGUCAUCACCAACGGAGGGCGCACCGCCCUGCGUCAGAACUGCCGCAGCGAGUUCAACGACGCUAUUGUCAUUUCCAACAGGUGUCUUCGAGAUGGAGAGCUGUUUGAAAUUAUCAUUCAGAAGAUGGUGGACCGCUGGUCUGGUUCAAUAGAAGCAGGAGUGACGGCCAUCAGGCCGGACGAGCUCGAGUUUCCCAACACGAUGACAGAUAUCGACUAUGACACCUGGAUGCUCAGUGGAACGGCCAUCAUGCAGGAUGGCAACACGAUGCGCAACAACUACGGUUGUGACCUGGACUCCCUGACCACCGGCUCACGGAUUGGCAUGAUGCGCUCGGCCAGUGGCGACCUCCACUAUUACAUCAACGGUGUGGACCAAGGCGUCGCCUGCUCUGGUCUGCCACCAGAGGUGUAUGCUGUGAUCGAUCUGUACGGUCAGUGUGUUCAGGUGUCCAUCACCAGCUCAUCAGGCCCGCUGGACAACAGCCUCUGUACCAGCAACAUCACUGAGAAGAGCUUCCCAAUCCACUCACCAGCAGGUGUUGCCCAUCGACUCCACAGUAAACACGGCAAGAAUGUGGUGCUGCUCGGUGACGGCUGCCAGGCUGUCAGAGUCGGAGGUUACGCUCACGGCAUCGUGUUCAGUGCGAAGGAACUCAAAGCAGAUGAGUUGUUUGAGGUGAGGAUUGAUGAAGUGGAUGAGCAGUGGUGCGGUUCGCUGCACAUCGGUCUGACCACGCUGGCACCCCCCGAGCUGCCGUCCUGCCCGCUGUCGGGUCUCUCCCCCUCCCUCCCCCAGCUCCGCACCAAGGUCACCUGGCUGCUCUGCGGCUCCGAAGUCCGUCGCAACAGCGUACUGCAGCGCCAGAACUACUGCUGCUCGCUGGACCGGCUGACGGUUGGGAACCGUGUUGGCGUGAAGAGGUGCAGCGACGACACCAUGCACAUCUUCAUCGAUGGUGAAGACAUGGGACCUGCAGCGACUGCAGUAGCAAAGAAUGUGUAUGCAGUUCUGGACCUGUACGGGCGGAUAACAGCGGUGUCCAUCGUCAGCUCAUCGUUACUGGAGGACAUGGAGAGCGUCAAGGCGCCCUCGCUCUCCUCAGACAGCUGCAGCGAGGGAGAGGACGACAGCAGCCCUGUCAGAGAGAGCGCCGAGAGUGAGCCGUGCACGCUGGUUCCCACCGUCAUGGCGUUCUUGGAGAAUCACGGCAAAAACAUCCAGCUGUCCAAUCAGAACUUGACGGCAGCCAGAGUGUCCAGCUACAACCAGGGCCUGCUGGUCACCGCCCAGCCGCUGGCUCGCCAGCAGCUAUUCCAGUUUCAGAUCGACCGUCUGAACCCAUCAUGGACGUCGUCGCUGUCGUUAGGCGUGAUAGGCCACUCCCCCGACCGACUCAACUUCCCGUCCACAGCGUGUUGCCUGAAACGCUCCGCCUGGCUGCUGCAGAGAGACUCCGUCUUCCACAACUCCCUAAAGAUAUGUGAGAACUAUGGUCCUAAUCUGGACACGUGUCCGGAGGGGACGGUGUUGGGUCUGCUGGUGGAUGCCAACAGUUGUCUCCACCUCUACGUCAAUGGCAUGGACCAGGGCGUGGCAGCGCAGGACAUUCCUUCGCCUUGCUACCCCUUCAUCGACCUCUACGGCCAGUGUGAACAGGUUACUAUAGUAACGAACAACGUGCCAGCUGUGGGAGGAGAGAGUGGUGAGACCCGCUGUCAGGGCGACAUGGAGAAGGCGGACAUGGUUGACGGAAUCAAAGAGAGUGUGUGCUGGACGCCGCCUCCGGAGGUCAACCCCAACAAGACCUGUGAGUACCAGGCACUGUGUUCACGCUUCAAGGACCUGCUCACGUUGCCAGAUGGCUAUUUUAACGAAGACGCCAAGUACAACCUGUGCUACUGUGAGUCCUGCCACAAGCUCCGGGGUGACGAGGCGUAUUACAAGAGAGGAGAGCCGCCCCGGGACUACGCCCUGCCCUUCGGGUGGUGUCGCUUUGCCCUCAGGAUCAAGCCCCACUGUGAGGUUUCUAAUGCGCUGAAGAAGUGGCACAUCGCGUACCACGGCACCAGUGUAGGAGCCCUGCGACGCACGCUGGACCACAGCCAGCUGCUGCCUGGGACGUCGUCCAUCUUCUCAGUGUCCCCGGUGAAGGCGGAGGGCCCUAAUGGCUACAGCGAGCCAGAGGAGAACAGCGCCCCGGGCAGGGAGGUUCCCAGAGUGCGGCUCUCCCCCACUAUGCGCUACUCCGGCAUGGAGAUCUUUGCCCCUAAAGUGCAAUUUCAGGACCCCCGCUCGCACCGCUGCCACCAGGCUCAGGUGGGAUUCCAGGUGUGCGUGCGUCCCGGCUCCUACAAGGUGGGACCCCAGACGCUCGGCCACAGCGAGCCCCUCGACCCGCGCUUCAGCAACUCGGAGAUCGAGUGGAUCACCAAGGAGCAGGGCGGCACGCUCCUCUACGGACUGCUCAUCCGGGUGGAGUGAAGGGAGCGACCGGUGGAGGCAUUCGGGUGGAAGUGGGAGGAGGGUCCGCGCGGCGCUCCUCGUACUUUUAAUAAACUGACAACCAAAUCCAACCCCUGCCUUGAGCGAGAGACUCCUCUGGAAUCCAGCUACUGUGGAUUGUUGACAAUUCAGCAUUAUUGAUUAGUUUUUGUUUCUUUUUGGUUGUUUGCUCUUGGACUCUUUUAACGGCCGGGGGCUACGGCGGUUUCAACGAAGAACAGACACUGCCUGCACUUUAUGUUUCGGACACUCGUAGGCGAUUUUUAAAACUAACUUCUCAUCGACACGUUAGUUCAUUCGCUGCAGUUAGUUGUUUGUUGCCACGUUUUUUUGUUCUCAUUCUUCCACAAACACGAACAGCUAUUUUUUUUUUUUUUCUCUUUACUUUUUGGCACUUAUUUUAACACUCAGUCGUCUCUGCUCCGAUCAGCGUUUUAUUUCGGGAGGAGCUGUCCCCUGCCAACCUGCACGUUAACAGACUGUCACCUGAAGAGACUGAAAUGUGGGUCAAAAAAAAAAAAAAAGAGUGACAGUGUUUUCAAAAAAAUAUGAAAAAAAAGACACUUGAAUCUGAGAAUGAACCCAAGAGUGUCUUGUGAUUGUGACUUCUUUAGAGGGGGGGAGGGGGAUUUUAAAACUGGAGGAAGAAAAAAAUGUUUACACAUGUACUGUAUGUUUCUGUCCUCUUCAUGUCUCCAUGUUAGCAGUCUUUUUGCAUUUCUGUUCUGGCCCGGCGUCACUUCUCACUGGUCAUGUCACGUGGAGAAACACGUCCAGGCGUUAUAUCGUGAAGGAAACUGGAAGGUGCGACAGUAAUGUGGACCUGACAACAAACCACCUGCACCUGUUUGGGGAGCUCAGAAAUUAUGUACAGAGGUAAUGAAGAGCAAAUGAUCCUCCGGCUGUGCAGCUUGUGUGUUUACGACCGAGAGGCUCCAUCACAAGAUAUUUAAAAAUAUAGAUAUUUACUUGUAGACUGGAGAGGUUGUCAUACAGGAAAAGGAGGAAAAGGAAAUGUUUGAAAUAAGAAGAUUAAUUGAACAAAGACCAUCUUCUCGUCAAAGCCUAUUGCUAAAGGGACAGUUCACUGCAAAGUCAAAAAAAAAAAAGAUUUUUCCUCUCACCUGUAGUGCAGUUCAUCCAUGUGUGUGUUUUUCUGUGAGUGGCCGGCUCCUCUCAAAUAUGAUGGAACUGGACGGCGCCCGGCUUGUUGCUCAAAGUGCCAAAAAAAAAGCAUCACAGAAAUCAUGACCGGGUUACUCCAGCAGUCCACAGACCUCAUCGUGAGCAGUUUCACGUAGGAACUAUUUUCUGAUUAAUGAGCGAGCAUCUCAUCCGCUCUGCCUUCAAUGCACUGAUACAAAAAAUGAUUGAUGCUAAGCUAGGCUGAUCACCUCAUGCCUCUGGAGAGGAAAUGGUUCCUACGUGAAACUGUUCGUAAUCAGGUCUGUUGAUUGUCUUAUUGUUUUUUUGAGGCUUUGAGCACCACAAGCCCUGUGCCAUCUCGUUCCAUUUAAAUCUAGAGACGGCAGAAAUCUCUUAAACUCAGCAACUUCACAGCGAAAAACAAUCCAGACGUACAAAAAGCUCUUCAGGCAAGAAGGAAAACAUGAGGUUUCGAUUUUGGUGCGAACUGCCCCUUUAAAACGUGGUUAAAUUGACUGAAGCCAAAAGGUUGAAGGGAUUUCUGGCGUCGCUUCUCCACACUGUUUACUUUAGAUCCGCUCACUCUGAUCCAUCCAUCCCUCCGUCACGUCUGACUGUUUACCUCGCCAGGAGCUCCAGAGCCAACAGCGAGGAGCUCCAGGGUCAGCAGGAGGACAGGUCACCUGUGUCCCCACACCUGCGCCGGUGUUUACAUGUGAAUGUCAUUUAAUUAGGGCUCUUUUUAUUUUACUGCCGACUUUACAUCAUCCAUUUGUCAAAUGUUUAUACGAAGGUUUUAUUUGAUCAAAAACAUCCCAAGCCUGAUGGUUGAUUGUAUGUGAACAGCUUUCCAAAGCGCAAUCUUUUGUUUUUUCUCAGUCCUGUUGCCAAUUUGAUAAAAACCCGCCACAGAAAGUGAGACCCCAACAUUUUUUCAAAAGGCACAGUUUAAUGAGUCAAACUCAAAAAAAGAAAUCUUGAAUUAAAGAGGCUCGGUCACCUUCUAAGAGCAGCUGUGAUCUGACUGAUGGAGGAUCUCUGGGGUUUGGCAAAGGAAAAACUUCAAAAAUGUGAAAAUAUUAUUAUUAUGGGUUAUUUAUGGCCCUGUGCUGCUUUGUACAAUUUAAUUUGUAUUUUUUUUUGUUUUGUUUUUGUUUUCUGUAUGUUGCAUUGUACAGGCUGUUACAUAACAAAUCAUAUCUUCCUGAUUUAUAAAAAAUAAAAAUAAACUGACAGACAGUA